AUGGCAUCGGAUUUACAAUCUGCUGCAGUUAUGGAAGGAACCACAGCGGAAGACAGCCAGGCGUCUGACAACGAGGAAACCGAGCGUCCGGUGCGACAGAAACUGAAAGAGACGUCAAUAACUUCUUCUCAGCAGGAAACUAUCACCAAGAACGGUGAGGAAGCAACUGGUGCGAAGAUGGCGUGGACUACAGAUGCACAGCAAUCAGCGGAUACCAACAACGCGAUGGGACUGGGCGGAGGUUCGAAUAGCCGGUCGAGCAGCCGAGGCAGGAAGAGGUCAUUCGAUGACGAUGAAGCGGAAAGUGAUGGCGAGGAACAUGGUCACAGACGCAAGAGGUCUCGCGACUCUACAAGCGAAGGCGACGACCAGCCACCACGGAGCGAGAAUGACCUUCCGAGGAAGAUCUUGAGCCCAAAGAAAAAGAGAAGUCGAGACAAGCUCGAUGAAGACGGGUCCGGAGAACGUGCUACGGAGAAGGCGGAUACGAAGAUCGAGAAUAUGGAAUCUGAACAGAAGCCCGAGUCUGAAGGACAGCCUGAGAAGAAGCGGCACCGUGACAAUUCUACGGAAAGAAAGCCGACCCCUGUCACGAGUGCCUUUGCGAAUACUUCCACAGUCUCUCCAUUCGGCUCCCUUGGCGCAUCAAAAUCCAAGGAAGAUGAUGGACCUACCAAACCGGCGGCUGUAACUUCUGCCUCUGCCUUCGCUUCGUCAAGCCUGGCAGCAUUCGCUGGGUCAGAGCAGUCGCCUUUCGGCUCGCUUGGAGCGUCCACUCCAUCUGUUUUUAAGUCGCCAGCCGCGUCCGAGACUGAGAAACCGGCGGCCGCGGGAUUUGCAGCUGGGGCAAAUACCUCGGGCUUUGCGGCCUUAGGGUCUGGCUUUUCAGUGUUCAGCGGUGGAUUCGGUACAGCUGCUAAACCCGGGGGGCUGACUAGCUUCGCUUCUCCCGCUGCGCCUAGCCCAUUUGGCAGCAGCACUAAGGACAAGCCAUUCGGAGCAGCAGAUGCAGAUGAAGAAGAGGAGGAAGAGGAUGAGGCAGAAACUGGUCCCAAAGAAUUCGAGGCAGAGAAACCCGACGAGAGGUUCUUUGAGCGGCAGAUUGAGACAGGCGAGGAACAAGAGAAGACGUACUUCAGCGGCAAAGCAAAGCUCUUCCAGUUCACGAAUAAGGAAUGGAAGGAGCGCGGCAUUGGCACAUUCAAGGUGAAUGUGAGAGUAACUGACGGCCAGGAGGACAAAAAAGCGGCUCGCAUGAUUAUGCGAGCGGAUGGUGUCUUGAGAGUCAUGCUUAACACGCCCCUUUUCAAGGGCAUGAAGGUUGGAGAUCCGUCGGGCAAUGAACCCAAGUCCAAGCAGAUUCAUCUGGCUGGUGUCGAGGACGGCCGUACUGUCCCCCUCCUGCUCAGGGUGGGAAGUGAGGACGUCGCCAAAGAGCUCUACCAUGUCAUUCAGGAUCUAUUACAGCACCAGUAG